AUGGCUUCUCCUUUCGAUUCUGCGGCCACUGUCCCUCCUUCCACUCCGCUUUCUCCUCAGCCUACUCGUCCGCCGCUCCCUUCUCAAUUUACUGGUCCUCCGCUCCCUCCUCAACCUACAUUAGCUUCAACAGCCAUGGCAACAUCAUCUCAUCGGAUACCAAUUGACAACUUUUAUGCUAAACUCAAUGCCAAGGGAUAUAAAUUUGCUGAGCCAGAGCAUCCGCCUGAAGUAACUGCUGCACCCUCCAAAGAAGGGGCUACGAUCAACCUAAAAAUAUUUAUCAACGACAAAGACCUUAACACGGCCAUUGUAGAAGACGUCGCCACAACAUCCUAA